AGUCAGCAGUGAAAUGGACUCGUGAUAUUUCAGAAAGAGGAUCCUAGAUGACAAAGGACAGAAGAAAGGGAAGUGUUCUUCACUUGCCUUCUGGGCCCAGGAGUGUGGGGGUCUCACCAGGGAAAGGAGGACGGACCUGCAGUUCCGGGAGAAUGGGAGUGGUUGUGCGGAUAGUGGCGUUUGUGAUGCCUUUCAUCGGCUGCAACGCCCUCCUGGAUCUGUCUGGUGUCCACCAGGUCAAGGGCACAUGGAUGGAAUCCACCACUUUACCAUGUACCUACACGCCCUCAGAAGGUUUCACACAGCAAACGCUCAUCUGGCGUGUGGAGCGAGACUAUACCACCUCUACCAUCUUCCGGAGGGACGACUCUGGUGACCACGUCUUGUUGUCUCAGUUCCGAAACCGGGUCAGCGUCCCAAAGCGCAGCCCAGGGGAUGUCUCACUCCUAAUUGAGAACCUUGAAAUCACCGACAGUGGACACUACACCUGUCAAGUCAUCUGGAGGUCUAAAAAUAACAGCUUGAUAACAAAGGAGUCGACCACUACGGUUAAAGUCGUCAAAGUUGCAGCGACCAAGCCCGUCAUCAGGGCCGGCGAGCCGGGGCUGACGGUCCCGGCAGGAGCCAGGGCCAGCCUGACCUGUGUGGCCAGCGGGUCCCCCCCCAUCAGCUACCGCUGGUUCAGGAGCGCCCCGGGAGGGAAAGCCCUGCUCCUGAGCAGCCAGGCCGAGCUGGCGUGGGACAGCCUGCGGCCCUCCGACGCCGGGAAGUACUACUGUGAGGCAGAAAACAGGGUUGGGGCCGGGGCUGUGCAGCGGAGCGACGCCGUUGAGCUGACGGUGAGAGAGCCCCCAGGCACGCAGCAGCCAAGCCCUGGGACCGACAGGCGCAGCAGACCCCUGCUCACCCCCCGAGGCGAUGUGCCCCAGCGAGCGCCCACAGAGCUGCCGGCAGCAACGCUAGUCUCCAGGAGGGAUGCUGUUUCGAACGAGCCUCCCGUUGCCACAGGUUCCCCGCGGGUGCCCCCGCACCUCUACGCGCUGGCGGCCAUGCCGGGGGUCGCCGCGCUCGGGGGGCUCCUGGCCCUGCUGCUGCGCCGGCGGCGGAACAAGGCGGAACCUCUCUAUGAAGUUGUUUUCCGUAGCACUACAGGUGUCACAGGAUUGGAAACUGAUGUGGAGGUCCCUGUUAAGUGCCUACACAAGGAGACAGAUUCUGAGACUGAAACAUCCAAUCACAUUUUCACCAUGAAAGACAACGGCCAUGACAGCAUAUGCAUGAGGAAAAGUCCUGAAUAUGAGAACCUUGUGAAUGCAAUGGAAUCAGAAUAUGAAAUAGAAAAAAAUUAGUAGAGUACCAGCUUUUCCACACCGCUUUCUUUAACCCAGGGGAACUGCAUAACCUUCUUGGGAUUUGGCAAAUGAGGCCCUGCCUGUUGGUGCAGAAACCCUCAGACAAGUGGUUACCUACCUGCUUUUAUAGAGCAAAUAAUUUCUGAACAGCCUGAAGGACCAAGGUGAGGAGGAGAGGAUCUGAAGAAGUGGAAACACAAACAUCUUUAGCCUGCAAAUCAAGGUGUAGCUGGGUGGAACGCUGCUAGCCAAUAACACCGGCAAGGUGUGCUCUCAAGUGCAUGUUCACCUGUUAGGACAUCCCAGACUGCAAGGAUGUCCUCUGGCUUUUACAGCUCAACAAAUACUGGUUGUACAUCCUGCUUGUCCUUGAGUCUUUUUUUGUUAGAGCAUGGUGAAGGGACUGCAGAGGACAGGGUGAUGCCCAGGAAUGUAAUUUUUGCUGUCAGACCGGAGCUCAUUGAUAGAGGAAGAGGGAAUGUGCCUGUAGGUGAUGAGCCUCCUAACUGCCACCCUCUGGUUUUCUCGUGGAAAAGCAGAAUCGGUGCUAAAGGAAAUGCUAGCAUUUUAUUUUUACAGUGUGGGGCCAGAGGCAUAAUCAAAUAGAGAGAAAUUUGAGGCAUUUGGAAUCAUGAUUGAGCAAGGGACCUCUCUGGAUGCAGCAGACUGACACUGAUUCACUCCAUAGGACAUGAGUCAAUCUGUCUGAUUACAGCAGAGAUAUUAAUGCUGACCUGUGUGAUGGGGAUGCUCUGAGGACUCAUGUUCAUCAAAUGCCUUGAAAAGUGCUUGAUUAGUGUAAUGUAUUUUCUUGCCCAGGGCAAAUACAAAAGGCUUCAAAGGAUUUUGUUGCAGAUGAAUUCUGACUUCCUUGGUUUUCACCAUCCAGUACUGUCAUUUUUCUGUUGCUUGCAAAUUUAUGCUUUUUCUCAGUCUUCUGAUUUAAUUCUGCAGAACAGACAGGGGUACGGUCAUGGCCACGGUUUGACUUGGAAGUUUGACUUGUGUUUCCCUUUUAAAGAGGAGAGGACAGGAAGGGGGCAUCAAGUCAGCCCACACCAAACUCCUCGCGUGACUACACCUCACCACAGCCCUGAAAGCGAGUUGGCAGUGUCACGGUGCUGCCUCCAUGCGCAAAGUCACAAACCUGCAGCCGCCUGCUACUGCAGUGAGAGCCCAGUAAGUCACAGUGCUCCAAACAGUGACGGCCAAGGCCUGGAGUCAGUGGAAAAACUCUAAUUUCAGUGAGUUGGUUAGAAGCAUCAAUGCUUGAGCUGGGCACAUUUAGGGCUGAAAGUUUGCCAUUAGCACCUUCCAGAUGCUUCAGCUAGUUCUAUUUCUUUUUUAGGAAUUUAUCACUCACAGCAGGGUGUAAAGUUUUAUGCUACCAAAUUGCUGUCAGAGAUUAGGACUCUGAGGAUGCUUAAUACUGAGGCUUCCUCCACUGCCGGUGGAAGGCUACAGCCUGCUCAAGAGCCUGAGAAGAGAGCUCAUCUAAACGGUAUUACAAACUGAUUUAGCUCAGGAGUUAAAAUCCUUGACUUUAACUUUUUUAAAAGAAGUUACUUAAAAAAAAUGUUCUGCAGCUCCCUAUAUAUUGGCUCUCAGGGACUCAAAUCAAAUAUUCUCUUCCAAGUGGAAAAUAGCUCAGUGGCCAACCUGGACGACAGCUGAGCAUGCCAUGGCUGCAGCCUCGCAGGAAGGUGACGGCUGCGUGGGCUCCGCAGGGCUGACAGGAGCACACGAAGCCUUAUGAGUGCGCUGCUACCCCAGUGAAUUAAUGCCUGCUCCGCUGAGUCUGAUCCCAGGGAGCCAUGGUGAGGAAAGGUAGCUCUACGUGCUGGAUUUCCUAUCCACUUUCUGAGCACAGAUAAGCUAGGAGGACAGGACACAGAGCAAGGCGUCAACAUUCUUGGAAUGUGCAUUUUGGCUUCUCCUCUUUGCCAGGUGGUUCCUGAGCUACAAGGACAUACUUUGCAUUGCCGAGGUCUUCCUCUCAAGCAGGAGGGCCAAACUGUACGGUCUGUAAUGCAAAACCCAUCCCUUUCAUUAACCCUGGAUUUUGUGUGGUCCUAAUGAGGAGCCCCCAGACUGUCAGCCCUGUGCUAAUGGGUUGUGCGGGCUUUGCUGUGAGGUGUGCAGUCUGUCACUGCUGCUUAAACCCACCCCAGGGCAUUCCUGGAUCUCUGGAAAAAAUAAAUAAAACAGAAGAAAAGUUCCUUUUUACACAAGCAGCAAGGCUGCUGUUCCUGCUUUCAGCUGGUGUGUUUUCUGCAAUACACUCUGUUACUCAACAG